CCCUCAACUGUGCAGCAGCUUCACAAAGAGAAGAAGAAACACCAUCCGGACGGCUUCUCCUUCAUGUCGGACCUUUGAUCUCUCAAAACCAAUCCGAGAGCAGCGAGGACCAGAGGACGGAGGGUUCAGACUUUGUGGAGAUGAAGCUGAGGGAAGACACAACAGAAUGGACUGACAUGUCCAGAUGACAGGGUCCAAAUAUGCUGACGUAGCAGCAGUUCUGACAGCUCACAACCAAACCCACCUUCCUCCCACCACCACCCACUCAUCCUCCGUCCAGCCAUGUUGUUGAGGAAGAAGCUGUGCGUUGCCUUGAUGAUCACUGCCCUCCUCUUCCUCAUGCUCGCCAGUCAGGGCAUUCCAAAGAGACACUUCCCAUCUCUGCCACUAACCUGGACCACGGCCACCGGCAGGGAGACAGUAGUUGAUCACACGGUGCCUCCUGCUGAUCCGACCCCUGACCCUCCAAGGACCCCCCCAGCUCCCAUCAUCAUCCAACCUAAAGCCAAGGAGAGGCCUUUAAAAAUGUCCCAAAGUAACACAAGGUUGUGUGGUUGUACUGAGUCCUGUAUUUCAGAGCUGGGGAGGUCGGACUGGUUCAGCCGACGCUACGACCCCAAACAGCAGGCCGUCCUCCGGGACACCGACAACAACCUGGACCCCCAGGCGCUCGCAUGGUGGCUGAGUCUCCAGAGGGCCGGCAAUGAUCAGACGUUAGAGAAGGUGAUGUCCGACAUGUUUAAGGUCAUCUCCCCGCCCACUGUGGACUUCAGGCCCCUCUCCUCCAGUUGCCGUCGUUGUGCGGUAGUCGGAAACUCCGGCAACCUGCGGGACUCAGGAAACGGAGACCUGAUCAAUUCCCACAACUCUGUAAUCCGGAUGAACAAGGCGGUGACUCGAGGGUUUGAGAAAGACGUUGGGAAUCGGACCACGCAUCACUUCCUGUACCCGGAGAGCGCGGUGGACGUGGCGCACGGCGUCAGCCUCGUCCUGCUGCCGUUCAAACUGCGAGACAUGGAGUGGCUGACCAGCGCACUGUCCACCGGAGAAGUCAAAACGACCUACAUGAGGGUUAAAGAACGAGUGGAGGCUGAUAAAGACAAGGUUCUGGUGGUGAACCCGGUGUUCUUCAAGUACGCUCACGAGCGUUGGACCGAGGGUCACGGGCGCUACCCGUCCACCGGCAUGCUGGCCCUCAUCUUCGCUCUGCACACCUGCGACCAGGUGUCCGUGUUCGGUUACGGCGCCGACAAGCAGGGGAACUGGCACCAUUACUGGGAAGAGAACCGCAACGCUGGAGCCUUCAGGAAGACCGGCGUACACAGCGCCGACUUCGAGACAGAGAUCAUCCAACAGCUGGCCAAAGAGGGCAAGAUCAGUCUGCACCUGUGACCCCUGACCCCCUGACCCACUGACCCCCAGACCACAGCCUGAUGGACUGACAUGAAUAAAGACUGAAAGACGUGCUGACUGAUGGACUGACCAACAUAAAACUGGAGUUCAUUGUCUUGAUUGUUUGGUUCACAAAAUGCCAAUAUCUAUAGUGCAAUUCUGUCCAUGGUGAUCUCUUGGAUAACUAAAGAGAGGAUUAAUUGAUUAUCUAAAAGGUAGCUAUUAUUUUUAAUUGACCUAUUGUUGCAGCUCUAGUGCUGACUGACCCACAGACAGACCUGCUGACUGAAGGAUCCUCUGCUCACUCAGCAGAUCAUUCUUCACUCAAUUGACAGAGAACCAGCUACAUCUCGUCUGGUAUCCAGUCUAGUUGAAAGUGUCUUUGCAUUCCCAGCUGUGCUAAAAUCGGAGUCAACUCUGGACCUUAUGUGCCUGCCAGAUGUGUCUGUUGGGAUUCGGACAGGAGACCUGUACUUCUUGCACAUCAAUCACCACGUCUGCCUUGAGUCAGAAAUCCAUUAAUGCCGGAUUGAAGCCGCUGUUGGGUGUUGACAUUGUUGAAUACCUGGAUUACCUGUGGAUGGAGCCUUUCAGGAUGGAGGAGCUAAACCUGCCACUUCCACUUGAAGGAUGCAGCUUAGAUCUCCUCCCUCUGCCUACUCGCUGGUUUAAUUGAAAUCCAGCUUAACAUGAACAUAAAUACAGAUUUGUGGGACCUUCCACUGCUUAAACAGACCUUAUGUUGCUGUCUGGGACUGCGAGGAUGGACCACACAAGUUGUGCUCUAAGCGGGGAAACAACCACAGACUUUUUAUAUAUUUGAUUUUAUAGAUAUUAUACAGGGAUAACCUCUUUUUUUAUUUUGUAUUAAAGCACUUUGCCCUUAAGAAGAAAAGGCACAAAAGGGCCAUGUUGUUGCUUUCUCUGUCCAACAAAGACUUCUUUUCUAUUUGAUCUCAUUUAUAAUCCACCCAUUUAUUCUGAAUGAAACAAACCGUCCUGAUACGGAGGAUGUCUCUCUCCGGACAGACUUUAACUGGAAAUGGGACAAAGUAUUUACGUGUUUUUUAACAUCUACAUUUUUGGAAUGUAAGCUAAUGAUGCUUCCUGUCUCGACCAUAUAUGGAACUGGAGACAAUGAGUGGGAGGAGCCUGUGUGAGGUUCUCAGCCUGUGUUUAAACUCCUUCAUGAUGAUUCAACAGUCUGCAGUUUUCAGUGGUUUCACUCACAAAACAGAAGUUUCAUGUUUUAAGGGACUACUUUUUCAGAUCCACUAGCUGAAAAAGUUAAACUCUGCAGCUUUACAUAACUUCCUUUGUUGUUGAAGACUGUUUCACUUUGUGAUGUAACUCUUCUGAGUCAAAGACGAGGAGACAGUGCAAGACUAAAUUAAAGAUUUAUUAAACUAAACGUAACAAAGUCAAACAAUCAGUAACACCACCAGUGUGGGCGGUGCAUGGACGAGAGGGAGAUGUAGUGCAAUGUAAGUCCAACCAAAAAACCACCAACCUGAAGACGGACCGGUCCAGCAGGAAGCAGCUGGACUUCCUGUUUACAGGGAGACGACAACGCGCUGUCACACCUAUGCUGUGAAAACUGUUGCUGUUUUUCAAUCAGUCGUCUGAAUGUUUGUGGCUUCGUUUACACUAUGAGAAGUUUCAGGACAUUUAAGUAAUUUGCAUCCAGCAGCCAUCCAUAUUAAGAAAGUAUAAUUUGGACAGAAUAUAUAUCAAACUGUUAUUAAUUUAUUCGUCAAUUUGUCAGUCUUCCACGUUAUCAUUUAGAUUUUAUGUGUUGUUUUUAAUGGUCACUUUUAAAUUGGUGUUUUCACUUUGUUUUUUCAAAAAAGUAAUUAACGGAUAUUUUGUCAUAUAUUUGUUUUAUUUUUAUUGACACAAAUGUUGACUUUUUAAAGAGAGAUAUCACAAACUGUAACUCUGAAUUUAGCUAAUGUUAGCCUUUUUGUGUUGCUUUUGGGAAGGAACAGAAACACAUUUAUCGUGUAUAUGCAUCUCAAUGAACAUUUGAUUUGGGGUUAAAUUGAGCAUUUGCAUUUAAAAUAUUUGUCUUUCUUUUUAAAAAGGCAGCUAAAUGAUGAGCAACUAGCGUUGACCAGCCAUACACCCUAAAGUCAGUGCUCUGCCUUUAGUUCUGUUCUGUUAGCAGUAGGCUACGUCAUCAAACUUCAGUUUUUUAAUCUCUUGUUUUAUGCUUAAAAUGGCACAAAUGUGGACAAUAUGUUUCCUGGCUGAGACUCUCAGGUUGACCAUGUAUUGGAUUGGGAAAAAUGUAAAUAUUAUAGUUUUUCUGGCGCUCCAUUUCCAGAUUCAGACCAACUUGCCAGUGUGAAAUGGUUUCAAAGCUCAGUCUGCGUCAAACUAACUUGUUGAUGCAACGUCUAAAGGCCAGCAGGAUGUGUGGUGUGAAAAUCCUGCCGUCAUAUAUUCCUCCUGGCAGCAUCUCACUGCGUCCUUGAAUGCCGUCCAAAAUAUCUGAGUCUGUGUAAGAUGCAGCUGUCGGAGAGUGAGUUUUUAGACGAUCCAACAAGCACUUUAAAGCAGACUGAGGACUCUAUAUGAUCAUGGAUGCUGAAUUAUUGGCUCUGCUGGCUGCUCUGCUGCUAACUUUGGCUGCAGUUAAAUGCUCUAUUAAAACCCAUCUGCUGAGUCAUCUCAAGCUGGGGUUUAAUCUGAAACAUCUGCUGCUUGUUUUAUAGUUUUUGCAGAGAUGUAACACUUUGAUGGCUCCCCGAUUUUAUGAGGGACGUUCAGCAGCUAAAUGACAGAGCAGCAGCCCUCCAGAGUCCUGAGCUGGACUUCACAUCCGGAGGGAAGGUUUUGGAGUUUGCUGACUUUAUUUGUAGUAAAAAUAUAUACUUCCUCACACUAAAGAAAGACAAGUUUUCUGUGAGUAUAAAUCCAAAGUUGUGCUUAUUAGUGGUCUUCCUGCAGUCUGGGAAUUUAGAUUUUCGGAAUUGGAAGGUGCCGAUUAAAUCAAACAAACCAAUCAUGAUGUAUGUUCACUUAUCAUAGCUUUAAUCAGCGCUUCAUGUUUAAACUGACUGUUUGAUAAAAGGACAUUUCAGUUUCAUUUAACAAACAACCUACUGAUCAUUGAUUCAUUCGUAUUUGCAGACAGAAGCACUGUGAUUUUUCAAAACAACACCGCUGUCACUUUGAAUAAAAUGAAACAAAAGUGUGUUUUGCUCUUCCAAAGGCUCUGGAGGUACAUGUUGGCACAAUCUAACUCUGAUGAUGAUCUCUAUAAAAGUCCCCUUGGCAGUUUAUUUCUGCCGCCAUGAUCAAAAUAAACAUUUGCUCAGUUUCCAGUA